AUAUGAUUAAACUAGUUUAAUAAAUUUGACAAAAAUAAAAAUCAAAUGUCAGCGUCCUCACCCGCCCUUUGUGUACAGCCCUCUUCUCAUUGGUUCCCCCCAAAUUCCCCUAUCAGAUAAGUCCUCUCUCACUCUCUCAUCUUUUGCGGCUUGUUCGAAUCCAAGACACUUGGUUACAGAGAGAGAAAAAAGUAUUGGGAUAAUCCAUGGCUUCGAGUAUCAUUAAUGUGCCUUUCCAAGCAAUGAAGGGUGUGGAUUGCCACUAUGUUGGGCUUAAGCCAUCAACGAGUUCAAAGUUCAGUUGUGUUAAGACUGCAAUAAGGGUUCGUUCUCCGCGUCUUUUUGUUGUAAGGGCGAGUGAGAAGCACGAUGGACCCAUUAAGAAGUUGGGGUUGAGUGAAGCAGAAUGUGAAGCUGCUGUUGUUGCUGGGAAUGUGCCUGAAGCCCCUCCCGUGCCACCCAAGCCAGCAGCACCAGCUGGAACUCCUGUGGUCCCUUCAUAUCCACUGAGUCGACGUCCUCGUCGUAAUCGCAAGUCACCUGUACUGCGGGCUGCAUUCCAGGAAACUCAAAUAUCACCUGCUAAUUUCGUCUAUCCACUUUUUAUUCAUGAAGGUGAGGAGGACACACCUAUUGGAGCUAUGCCUGGAUGUUAUAGGCUUGGGUGGAGACACGGACUUGUGGAAGAGGUUGCAAAGGCUCGGGAUGUCGGUGUCAAUAGUGUUGUCCUCUUCCCCAAAGUUCCAGAUGCUCUCAAGUCUCCAACAGGAGUUGAAUCAUACAAUGACAACGGCUUAGUGCCUCGAGCAAUACGGUUGCUCAAAGACAAAUACCCUGAUCUUGUAAUCUACACUGAUGUUGCAUUAGAUCCAUACAACUCUGAUGGUCAUGAUGGUAUUGUCAGAGAAGAUGGUGUUAUAAUGAAUGAUGAGACCACAUACCAACUAUGUAAGCAAGCUGUUUCCCAGGCCCGUUCUGGUGCUGAUGUAGUCAGUCCGAGUGACAUGAUGGAUGGACGUGUAGGAGCCAUUCGAGAAGCUUUGGAUGCCGAAGGCUUUCAGCAUGUCUCAAUAAUGUCUUAUACAGCAAAAUUCGCAAGCUCAUUUUAUGGACCUUUCAGAGAAGCACUUGACUCAAAUCCGCGUUUUGGAGACAAGAAGACUUAUCAGAUGAAUCCAGCCAAUUAUAGAGAAGCUCUGGUUGAGACCCAUGAAGAUGAGUCUGAAGGCGCCGAUAUCCUCUUGGUGAAACCGGGUCUUCCUUAUUUGGAUAUUAUAAGGCUUCUCCGAGAUAACUCUUCUUUGCCGAUUGCUGCAUAUCAGGUUUCGGGUGAGUACUCAAUGAUCAAGGCUGGUGGGGUUCUGAAGAUGAUUGAUGAAGAAAAGGUUAUGAUGGAAUCACUGAUGUGUCUCAGACGAGCUGGUGCUGACAUCAUCCUUACAUAUUUUGCUCUACAAGCUGCUAGAUGUUUAUGUGGUGAGAAGAGGUGAGAGACUUUUAGAAUAAAAUAGGGGGAUCGUUUAUUGUGGAAAAGUAAAAAACUUGAGUUCUUUUAUUUCAUCUCGUGAGAAUUAAGCUGAAACUGGGAAUGAGAUGCUUUUAACAUGUCAGUUUUGCCUUCUGUUGUUGUACAGCUUAAGUAAUUAAGGUGCUUGAUUGCUGUGUAUUGCUUAGUGCACGUGAGUCGUGACUUUUUUUUUAAUAAAGAUUAGAAUAAAAUGCUUGGCUUUCAGUUUGUUA